CAACGAGUGACAAACCCAGUUCGUUUCCCCACAGGUGUGUUUCUGAGGAUCUUUGGCUGGAGGCAUUGACAGUCCCUACCUUUGUGUUGUUGUUAUACUGCACUUGGAACGAUACAUUCCCAAGACUCUUCAAAUAUACUCGUCAUGCUUUAAUGUCAUUUCCAUUUUACAAGGAGGACACUGAAACUCAGAGAGGGCAAGGAACUUUGCCCUGGGUCAUACACUGGUACUGCAGAGGCAGGAUGGAAAUUCAGGUCUCCUUCCAAAGUUGGUUUAACCCCCUGACUCGAUGUUAAUAGGGCAGAAACCAACACCACAAUAUUACGCCAGUGUCUGGCAGGAGAAGAGCUCAGGGGCCCUGGAGCUCAGAGAAGAGAACCCUGGGGCUGUGGGAGGGGAGCACCCAGGAUGUCCUCAGUGACCCCUUCCUCUUUCUCUCCCAUUAAUGACUCCCUAGAAAGGAUCGUCCAUGGCACAUCUCUCCAAAGCUGCCUGGCUGCUGAGUAAAUACCAGUCCAGCUGAGGCCUGAGGAGGGGGUCAAUGUCAGCAGAGUCUGAGGCCUGAGUCACUUCCUGACCGUUGCUUAAGAGGCAUCCAGAGCCACAGCCUGAGUGGCCAGCUCAUGCCCUCGCAGGAUUGCACCCACUUGGGCAAUGAGCAUUUCCCUGGUAUUUCUCACCUUUCUGGGCUCACCUCUGCCACACUCAGGUUUUUGAGACACAACACAAAGGCUCAAGUCCCGACCCUACCCUGGAGAACUGGAUCUUCAACCCUGAAGGAAAUCUGACUCUCCUGGACACCACUCUCUUGCCUGUGCCCAGCCCUAGACUCUGGCUUCCAGGAUCCCACCCCAACUUCAGAAUCCAAGUGCCUUCCACUGGCACCUUCAACCCUAAAGCUCUGCCAUCGACAAGCGGUCAGGGGAGAAGGUGGCCAUCAAGAAGCUGAGCCGGCCCUUCCAGUCUGAGAUCUUUGCCAAGCGUGCCUAUCGAGAGCUGCUGCUGCUGAAACACAUGCAGCAUGAGAAUGUCAUCGGGCUUCUGGAUGUCUUUACCCCAGCCUCCUCCUUGCGCAACUUCCAUGACUUCUACCUGGUGAUGCCCUUCAUGCAGACGGACCUGCAGAAGAUCAUGGGGAUGGAGUUUAGUGAGGACAAGAUUCAGUACCUGGUGUAUCAGAUGCUCAAGGGUCUUAAGUACAUCCACUCAGCUGGGGUCAUCCACAGGGACCUGAAGCCAGGCAACCUCGCUGUGAAUGAGGACUGUGAGCUGAAGAUCUUGGAUUUUGGGCUGGCGCGGCAUGCAGACGCGGAGAUGACUGGCUACGUGGUGACCCGCUGGUACCGGGCCCCUGAGGUGAUCCUCAGCUGGAUGCGCUACAACCAGACUGUGGACAUCUGGUCUGUGGGCUGUAUCAUGGCAGAGAUGCUGACAGGGAAAACUCUGUUCAAGGGGAAAGAUUACCUGGACCAGCUGACCCAGAUCCUAAAAGUGACCGGGGUGCCGGGUGCUGAGUUUGUGCAGAAGCUGAAUGACAAAGCAGUGAGUGGCAGCUGGGCCCAGGCUGAUCAGGGUCAGGCCAAAUCCUAUAUCCAGUCCCUGCCACAGAGCCCCAAGAAGGAUUUCUCUCAGCUCUUCCCACGUGCCAGCCCCCAGGCUGUAGAUCUGCUGGAGAAAAUGCUGGAGCUGGAUGUGGACAAGCGCCUGACGGCCUCGCAGGCCCUCACCCACCCCUUCUUUGAACCCUUCCGGGACCCUGAGGAGGAGACAGAGGCUCAGCAGCCACUUGAUGAUUCCUUAGAACAUGAGAAACUCACAGUUGAUGAAUGGAAGCAGCACAUCUACAAGGAGGUUGUGAACUUCAGCCCCAUCGCCCGGAAGGACUCUCGGCGCCGGAGUGGCAUGAAGCUACAGUGACCCUCGCUGAGCCCAGCAAUGACCACAUGGCACUACCUGCCAGGCACUGCCUCUGGGACCAGUAUUUAUUUGUUGCUACUAAAGUUUCAACCCGUUUUGGAUUGUAGCCUUCCAAGCAGAGGACAGAAGGCCCUUGUCCUUGUGCAGGAAACAGGCAGAAUUCAGAGUUGUUGAUUGGGAGAAAAUAGCUCUAAUCAUAACCAGCCACAUUAAAGCACCCAUCUGGAGAAAA